AUGAAGAAACACAGUCAAUGCAAGAGUACCCGGGAUGAGCAUCGCAUUGAGCACGUAACGUUGGGGUUCCACUGCGAGAUUGACAAACAAUGCCAAUCGGUGCUGCGAAGGACCUACCCUGGGCAGUGCCUUUUUGAUGAUAUCACCAAAAUGGACAUGGCGAGCAAGGUUGGUUUGUGCUCUUGUCAUGGCAAACUCUGCCAACUGCAGCCCAAACUGAAUGACACUGGCCCUGUCUGUGUGGACUACUCUUCCAUGGGCCUCCGAGCCAAGGAGAGGGGGCCGUCCGCUGCUGUGCACAAAGCAUACUAUUCUAACAUGGACUGCAGUUCAUGCCUCAUUUUGGUGAUUGAGAACGUGCCAGAGUAUGAAGAGCGGGUGGUUCGUGCAUCCCUAUCGAAACACUGGACGUUGGUGUCGGUUCGGAUAGAUCCCAGAAUCUUGGGAUUGGCAGCAGCCCGUGCCCGUGUCUUUAUCAUCGCUUACAGGAACGACAAACUUCGUUGGGUCUCCCCGUUUUCUUUGGCUUCCAUGGUGGGGUGCUUGAGUAGCCGUGUGGUCCUAAAGGCCAAGGACUACUUUUGGAUGAACCUGCCGCCAGCAGUUCUCAGCGAUGCGAAUGAAUCCAACCUGGCUGACUACAAUGAAAGCACCCGGUUUACCAUCGUUGAUUUGAAUCAGUAUGCCAAGAACGAUCGGGGGCGAGGAGAGACUCGAGAUGAUGCUCUGCCGACGCUUACAACCAACAGCGGCAAGCUCUAUAGCAAGGUUCACCGACGAUUCCUUGACGGAGUUGAAAUGAUGACGAGCCACUGUCUUCCUAUGACGGAUCAGCACAGCAAGAAAGCAAGGGCUCCAAAGCUCAUUUUCACAGGGGUGCCAACCACCCAUGUUGCAAAGAUGGCUGGCAAUGCAAUGAACGUGCCCAGCAUUGGAUGUGUUCUUUUGGCUUGUGCUCUGUCUUUGAAGCCGAAGGCAGCAAAGGCAUGA